AACAAUUAAGUUCUAGAUUCCUUGCUCUUCACCGCUCCUCUCACGCAUUUCGAUUUUUUGACCUUGUUUUUCUUUGACAUUUGACAAUCGCCGUGUGACAGAUAUGGUUGUGUAAAGUGUGAAUUGUGAAUGUCGAUCGAGCAGCCAAUAAUUCUAGAAAUUGUAUAUUUGUUUUAAGUUUUUAAACAGUGCUCCGGUGCGGACAGCGAGUUCCAUCAUGAGCGCAUUAAUGAAAGCAGCUCUAUCGCGCAGUCCUGCCUCCCUGGCAACAUAUUUCUAUAGGAAGCUACAUUUAUCAGUUGGGGGUGCAUCACCACUGAAAGAUGCUACAGUUAGCACAGGGAAAGGUUAUACAGUUAUUGAUCACCAACAUGAUGCACUGGUGAUAGGUGCGGGGGGUGCGGGCCUCAGGGCAGCCUUCGGUUUAGUGCAAGAAGGUUUUAAGACAGCUGUGGUGACCAAGCUGUUCCCAACAAGAUCACACACAGUGGCUGCUCAAGGAGGCAUUAAUGCAGCUCUAGGUAAUAUGGAGGAGGAUAGUUGGCUGUGGCACAUGUAUGACACUGUCAAAGGUUCUGAUUGGCUUGGAGAUCAGGAUGCCAUUCACUACAUGACAAGGGAAGCUCCUCAUGCUGUGAUUGAGCUGGACAACUAUGGUAUGCCAUUCUCUCGUACUCCAGAGGGGAAAAUUUACCAGAGAGCCUUUGGCGGUCAGUCUCUGAAGUUUGGAAAGGGCGGACAGGCUCACAGAUGCUGUGCUGUAGCUGACAGAACGGGCCACUCUCUGCUUCAUACACUUUAUGGACAAUCCUUGAGAUAUGACUGUGAAUACUUCAUUGAAUACUUUGCUUUGGACUUGUUGAUGGAAGAUGGUGUCUGCAAAGGUUGCAUUGCACUUAAUCUAGAAGAUGGAACCUUACAUAGGUUCCAAGCGAAGAACACGAUCCUGGCGACGGGCGGCACGGGGCGCUCGUACUUCAGCUGCACGUCGGCGCACACGUGCACGGGCGACGGCACGGCUAUGGCGGCACGCGCUGGCCUGCAGAACGAGGACAUGGAGUUCGUGCAGUUCCACCCCACAGGUAUCUAUGGAGCGGGUUGCCUCAUGACGGAGGGCUGUCGCGGCGAGGGCGGCUUCCUCGUCAACGCGAAGGGCGAGCGCUUCAUGGAGCGGUACGCGCCCGUCGCCAAGGACCUCGCCAGCAGGGACGUGGUCUCCCGGGCCAUGACCGUCGAGAUUAUGGAGGGCAGGGGCUGCGGGCCGGAGAAGGAUCACGUUCACCUGCAGCUGCACCACCUGCCGCCCGAGCAGCUGAAGCAGCGCCUGCCCGGCAUCUCGGAGACCGCCAUGAUCUUCGCCGGCGUCGACGUCACCAAGGAGCCCAUCCCCGUGCUGCCCACCGUGCACUACAACAUGGGCGGCACGCCCACCAACUACCGCGGGGAGGUGCUGACGUACGCGGGCGAGGACCGGCUGGUGCCCGGGCUGCUGGCGGCGGGCGAGGCGUCGUGCGCGUCGGUGCACGGCGCCAACCGGCUCGGCGCCAACUCGCUGCUCGACAUCGUGGUGUUCGGCCGCGCCUGCGCCAUCACCGUCGCCGACACCAGCCGCCCGGGCGACUCGCAGGCGCCGCUCAAAGAGACGACUGGAGAAGCGAGUAUCGCGAACUUGGACAAGCUAAGGAACGCGAACGGCAACAUCUCCACUGCAGACCUGAGGCUGAGGAUGCAGAAGUGCAUGCAGAAGAACGCGGCCGUGUUCAGACAGAAGAGCACCCUUGAAGAAGGCCACAAACAAAUCCACGAGAUCUACAAGCAAAUGGCGGACGUCAAAGUGUCGGACAGAUCUCUGAUAUGGAACAGCGACCUGGUGGAGACGCUGGAGCUCCAGAACCUGCUCAUCAACUCGGUGCAGAUCGUGGAGGGAGCCCUCGCCAGGGAGGAGUCCCGAGGAGCGCACGCUCGCGAGGACUUCAAAGUCAGACGCGAUGAAUUUGACUAUUCCAAGCCUUUGCAGGGACAGACAAAGCUGCCGUUUGAAAAGCACUGGCGCAAGCACACGAUAGCGGAGACGGACCCGCACACGGGCGCCACGCGGCUCAGCUACCGGCCCGUCAUCGACCACACGCUCGACCAGGACGAGUGCAAGACCGUGCCGCCCGUCAUACGCACCUACUAGGGUAACUUAGGUGAGAUAUAGUGAUGUAUU